ACCAUCGUUGAUCAGAGGAUACAAUAAUAAUAAUCUAUGUAAAAAAAUGAUCAAAUUAAACACUUACAACUAUGAUGGCAACAUAAAGCUAACUUGAACUACCAUGUUGAUCCAAGUAGUAGAAUAGAUUGUGCUCAUUCUGCUGACAGCAUCUAUGGGUGGCCAUUUACAGUCGGAUUUUCCUAGCGCCUUCGUCCUGCCACUGAUGUAUGUGGCAACAACUUUGCUUGCCACAAGCGGUGUUUUUGGAUUCCAGCAAAACAUUUCAAUUGCUUACGAAAAUCUUCUGGAAACAUGGAACUUUGACAAUCGCACACUGUCAGCAACACCAUCAUCAACAACAACAUUAACAUCAACAUCAACACCUUCAACCACAACCACAGCAGAAAACCAGUCGUCGUCUCAGUCAACUUUAAACGAUUCUAGCCAUGAUGGCAUUGAUGAAACUGUGCCUUCCUUAACACCAUUCAAUUACUACAACGAAUCUGCCGCAGCGGCCGAAUGGUCUCACUUUUAUGAUCUCAUUUUAUCCUGGCAGGGCAUUUGUUUGAUUGCCGUCUUCUGUACAUUUAUCGUUGUCACAGUCAUUGGGAACACUCUCGUCAUUUUGGCUGUUCUGACCACAAGAAGGCUUCGCACCGUUACAAAUUGCUUUGUCAUGAGUUUGGCUAUUGCUGACUUACUUGUCGGCCUUUUCGUCAUGCCUCCGGCUGUGGCUGUUCACCUCACUGGUUCGUGGCAACUCGGUUGGAUACUUUGUGACAUUUGGAUAUCCUUCGAUGUUCUACUCUGCACGGCAUCUAUUUUAAGCUUGUGCGCAAUCAGCGUUGAUAGAUACCUAGCUGUUACCCAGCCCCUCACCUACUCACGUAAGCGACGUUCGAAGCGCCUCGCGCUUUUAAUGAUUCUUAUCGUUUGGAUACUGGCGUUGGCCAUUACGUGUCCCCCCAUGCUAGGCUGGUACGAACCAGGACGACGAGAUUUACGAGAGUGCCGCUACAAUCAAAAUGAAGGAUACGUCAUAUUCUCAGCGAUGGGUUCAUUCUUUAUACCCAUGGCUGUAAUGAUUUAUGUUUAUGCGAGAAUUUCUUGUGUUAUUGCAAAUCGACACGACAAUAUGACCGACAUUAAUGUUCACAAUAAGAAAUUUAAACGCUACACCGCCGCCGAUGUUGAAAACGAGUUUUCCGAACAGGAGCCCAGUACGGGCUUAAAACAGAAACAGACAACGGCACGGACAUUCUCCAAUCAGACUAUAUCCAAGGAUCUACAUGAAAUUGUACUGAGCGAUAGCGACAAUCUCGGCGUGGCAAAUGCAACUGGGGUUCAUGCUGGAAAUUGCCAGUCAUUGCUGGCCCUACCAUCGACCCACAGUGGCAGUGGAAAAAGCGGUUGCUACGAACUAACGCGACCCUCCUCUUUAUCCCUGAAACGUGCGUCCACCGCUUCAACGACAAUGACCACAAUGACAAGUGGUUUGGGUCCAAGCAGCAGUCUAUUAGAUGCACAAUGGCAGGCCCAACCGCAACAACAGCAGCAACAGCAGCAACAGCAGCAACAACAACAUGUGCGACCCCACAGCCUACAGCAUUCGCAUCUUACAGUGGGUGGUGUGGGUGGUGGUGGCAACCGACUACGUGGCAGCCAUUAUCAUCAUCCAUCAGGGUCAGCUGGGACGACUGAUGCAUCCACUGCAACGUCAACUAAUAUGAAAUCUCUAUCGAAUCGCAUUACUUCGCUUAAAAAGGAAAACAAAACGACACAGACGUUAAGCAUUGUCGUUGGUGGUUUCAUUGCAUGUUGGCUACCAUUUUUUGUCUACUAUCUCAUAACACCAUUUCUGGCCGAGCAUCAAGUCAGUCGCAUGCUGGCCAAGGCGCUCACCUGGCUCGGCUGGUUUAACAGUGCCAUCAAUCCCUUCAUCUAUGCAUUUUACAGUGUCGAUUUUCGCGCUGCCUUCUGGCGUUUAACCUGCAAACGAUUUUUCAGCGAUGGCCAGAAACCACAGUUUCCCACAAACACCAUGUCAAUUCGACGAUAGUUGUGGCAUGUCACAUGCUCACCCACCUGCCCCCUCCGAGCCCUGAUCCGAGCUGAUAAUCGGGAUACAACUUGGCAGCAUCGUAAUUUUGCAUCUGGGUAAUGCAAAUAGAGCCUGUUGUGAGCAAAUUUAAGCUUGCUUAUUACACUAGGCAACAAAAUUUAGUAUGUUUUUUUGUACAUCAGAUGAUAAACAAAAAACUGCGUUCUUUUUUUAAUUUUUUCUAAACAUCGCAACCGAUUUUAAAAAGGUAAAAGCUAAUGCAUAUUCCUGUCAUUCAAUCAUUCAAAUAGUUAACUUGGUAACAUAUCCAAUUUGGCUGUUGCAUAGUGUUAUUAACUAUGCUGCUAAACUAUUGUCAUCAUCAGCACAAAGUAAUUAAAUGUAAAAUGGUUAAUUAAAUGUUAAUUUAUGCAGUGUGUCUGUUGCUCUUGAGUGUCGUUUUCUCAACUGAAUAAACACAGAACUAUUCAUGCAUACAUGAAUAUAUUCAAGUCAAGGAGUUCAACGAAGAAAUUUCUAGUUAGCAUAACUAACUCAACAAUGUGUGUCAAUAAGGAUCGGGGUCAGGUGGAGGUGAAAUGUGAGAAAAGUGUCAUCUCGCUAUCGUAAAUACCAUAAAUAUGCGUUUUUAUUGGUAUGUAAAUAUAAAAACAGUAUAUAAACAUAGCAUUUAGAUAGAAACCUAGUAUUUAUGCACCUUUUUAUUGUCAAAUAAACUUCCCUGUAAUAAAAUUUGAGAUUAAUAUAAUGUCUACUUCCACAGCAAACAUCAUAGUAUUGUUCUAUGUACCUAAAGGUAUUUUAAACUAUGAACAUGAAUAUACAAAUAUAUAUACAUACAUAUAUUAAAAUUUUAUUGUGAUUUAGUGUUAAUCAAACCAAAAAUGCUACCCGAAAAAUACAAAAUACAUAUGUGCAUGUAGAUUAUAAUAAUAUAUAUUUUAGCAUUUAACUAGAUGUAGUCCAACAAGCUCGAUUUAAAAAUUAUGGCUUUUAGUCCUUGUAGUUUGCCGUCAAAAAUAAAAUGGCAAAGUGACCGUUACAAAUUUUGGAAAAUAUAAAAAUUAUUUAACGCAAAUAAUUAUAAUUAUAUGUGCAUGUGUGGGUCAAAUGAUGUAGUACAUAUUUAUUAUUCCAUUGUUGUAAGUAGUAUCUGCUGUAAAAUGUAACAGUAUUUUUGCUGGAUUUAAAAUAAGCCCGUUGUAAAACAUCAAAUUCAAAACAUGUCAAAACUUUAUCGCAAAUUCCACUUUACCCACCGCUCAGUAUCAUUUAAACACGAUUAAACUCUGCACUCAAAAAUGCCAUAUACUCUACAUUAACAUACACAUAAGCACAUAAUUCACUUUAUCUAUACAUAUGCAUUUUAAAUAAAAAUCAGUUUUAAUUUAACGCGGGUAAAUACAUUCAUAAAUGUAAUCAUAUAAACAUGUUAUGUACUAAAUACUAAAUACAUGGAAGUUGUGGAGGCUCUUAAUGUGCUAGUAAUAAAAAUAA